GAGAGAAAGAGAAAGAGAGAGGGGGCAUGCAGCCAAUGGAGAGGACAGGAAAAAGUUGUGAAAUAGCCAGAGGGACGGGCAGGGAGAGGAGUCAGCUUCACUGGGGCUCAGUUGAGGAGGAACGAGAGCAGCAGCUUUUCCUCCUGUCCAUCUGUCUCUACAUAACUGUCUGUCUUUCUGUCUGUCUCUCCUCCCCCACCACCACCACCACCACCACCACCUCUCUUCUCUAAUUGUCUCUCAUCCCGGCUGGCGCUGCAAUGUGGCUGUCUCUGCAGUGAAAGUGCUGGCUGGCAGAUUCUCCUUGAGUGAACCCUGACUGUGCGCAGUGAGCUCCGCCGUUGUCCUGUCCACACUGACUCAGCUGUGCAAGCAGCCUGCCAGCCUCUGAGUGAGCACCGGCUGCACGAGCAGUCUCUUCCACUGGAGUGCUGCUGGGGCUGGCAACUAGUCUCACUAGGACCACUGUUGGUGCAACACAUUGGGACGUGCCUCACUUGGGGUCCAGACACCUAGACAGCAGCAUCCAGAUUUAAUCCAGUGUACCAGAGAGGCCACAUUGUGCUAAGGGAUAUUCUACUAGCCACCUGGAGCCGGGGCUGGAUCCUGCAGCACUGUUUGUUUUGGAGCAGAUCUGGCUGCCAUGGAGGUCCUGUGUUUUGGGGUUGAACCCCCAGGGCUGGGCCCUCCACACAGAGCCGUCGGCCUGAUCUUCUCCAUGCUGCUUGGUGUGUGGUCUGCUCAAGCCCUUGAGAUGUCUGUGGGGAAGAUUCCCUUCCUCCAGGCAGUGAACGGCAGCACAGUCAUGCUGCCUUGCACAUACUCGAGCUGCAUCGGCAUCAAGAACCUCUACUUCAACUGGCAGUUCAAUGACAACGGCACCAUGCAGAAGGUGUGCGAGUCAACGAUAGCAUCAGAGGAGGUGGAGCCAAAUGUGAAUGUAUUACGAGAGCGGGUGGAGUUUGUGGGGAAGAACCAUCACAACAACAUCUCCAUCUUGCUGUGGAACAUCACCUUCGAGGACGGAGGCCAAUACACUUGUUUUGGACGCAACCCAAAAGAGAAGGACAAGAACCACAGUGCCAUCUUCACCCUCAUUGUGGUGGACGAGUUGAGGGUGGUGGACAACACACUGACCAUCAUGAUAGCUUCGGCUGUAGGCGGAGCCAUUGCGUUGCUGAUGGGCUUCAUGUUGCUCAAGAACUUCACUCUCUUUGUUAUUUCCAAGCUUGAGGAGAAAAAUAAGGAGUGCCUUGUUACUUCAUCAGGGAUCGACAACACAGAAAAUGGCCUCUCAGGAUCCAAAGCUGACUCCAAACCAACACCAAAAAAGAAAUGAGAAGGUGCAUGUACUGUAUAUAAAACCACAGGAGUGCUCAUAUUUAUAUACCUUCUUUGCAUAUAUUUGUAUGUGCACAUGUAUUUGGACACAUUUUUGUUGAAGUUGGAAUGUUAAAAAACUCUGCCUGGCUGUGGGAAUACAUCCAUGUGCACACAACAGUACAGGUGCAGAUGAUAUACAACUAAAGAAUGUGCAAAUUAUGAGGGCGCACAUAAUUAUUUGAAAUGUGCACAUCAUUUAAUCAUUUACAUUGGAGGAUAAUUGCACCUACCAGAGACGCUGCAGCUUGACUUGGUGAGGAUUAAUGUCCAAUCUUAUAUAUUAUUUACAACCCACAUCAGCUCCCAUAUAUCUACCUCUUUUUUAUGUGUCGGUCAACACAUUACCAGAAAAACUUGUGCUUGUUUUUAAAGAGGAAGCCAGUAACUGGACCUGAUGACAGUUUUUAGACAAGUAAAGAUAGCAUGCACUUUUACUAUUUUUCUUUAAUCAAAUAUGUCCUCCUGGCACAAAGAGCAGGAAUAUAAGUAUAAAUCUAUACAAUGGUCUCAAUGGAAACCUAUGUUCCCAAGUUAUCUCUGCCUCGACUGAGGGACUGUGGGAAAACUCACUGCUCUGGAAGAUGACAGCUAUUUAACUAUGUACAGCUAGCAACAGUCCACCUAUCAUUAGAAGCCAUCAGGUUUAAUUGAGCUUUUAUUCCCACUGUUUCUGCAGGCUCUUAUAUACACAAGCAGAUUUGUGAAUUUACUAAUGAAUAUUUGGCCGUUCUAAUCAUCCAUCAUCCGAUACAUCCUUUCCAAGGAGUGAAACAUGAUUGUUAACCUGUCCUCCAACAUCAUUGUCACAUUGGUUUUGUGUUUGUACUUUGACCAUUAGAUAUCACUUCAAUCACAUCAUGGAUAUCUGAUUUAAAAUACAGUGUAGACACAUGGAGGCCCUUAUACUUUUAUGCAUUUACAGUGGUUAUGCAGUGAGUUUUAUCUGAGUGAAAGCAUGCUUGUUUAUAAUCAGUGAGCUACAUGUCUGUAGUAGAUGUGUUCGUUUUGAACUCAUUAGAUUAAAAGCAAAUCAUGUGCACAUUUUAUUAAAUUAUGGGAAUGUUUUGUGCGACCUUGACAUGAAUGUUAUGUGCACAAUAUUGUGUGGAUAACACAGUUGUAUGUCACUGCACAGUUGUGUACUGUUUAAAGUACAUUGUUACCAUGAUAUAUCAAAUGUCUAUUGCCACAGCCAGAGUAGACUGAAUAAAUAAUCUCUGACUGUUUUUCAUCUGAAAUCAAAACACAAUGACACUUCUUUGUUUAACUGCUUGAAAUAGGGAAUAAUACAGUGGGCUGAAUCCUUCUUAACUAACAACAAAUUCACAGAAGCCCUUCAUUAACAUGGUGUACUUAGUCAAGAUCAACAUUUGAUUUUGAAAUUACAGUGAUGUCCUAUAACUUUAAGCAGUUCUAUUGGACAGAUCUACUGAUCCAUUUGUAGCUACUCUCUACCCAGUAUAUUCUGACUUAUUCAAACAACUGUGGUAAAACAAAGGGCAAUUUAGAAAGAAGUAGUUGCCCAAAGGCUUCACUUCUCUUCACUGAAUAUUGUAGGAUUCAGCCCAGUUCUUCAUCCUUUACCUUCUCUUUGCUUGAUCUAAACACAGGUGCCUGUUAGUGCUUCUCUGCUCCUCCGUCAGCGAGGACAACGACAUAUUGCAACACAGUUUAUAAAACUCAGAAGACAGUAAUAAUACAACUAGCUUCUCAACUGAAAUGAUAGACAAUCCCUUGAAACAACUCUCCCCCACCCACCCCACCCCACCCUCUAGAAAAGUGAAUGACCCUCUGGUGAUGCUGCUUUGAAGACAAAUAACCAAUGCAUUUUAAGCAUGUGCAACACAGGGCAGAUUUUAGACACAGUGCUUGAAAACAGACGUGCAUACGUUUUGGAAUAAAAAAUGUUCUAAUAUACUAACACUCGUAGCGUCAGCGCUGAGGUUAACUGUAAAUCCCAUUUUAUGCCAUGCUACUUCCAUUGUGCUUACCCUGGCUGAGGCUAAGCACUAUUUAGUGAUGUGGACCUGGAUUCUGUAUGCCUGGAUCAGGCUCUACAUAUUCCCUUUGCUUAGUAUGUGCCUCUUCAUGGAAAUGGCUUGUUUCUCCUAAACAUUGACAAACACUCAUUUGGUCAGUGUUUUACACUUUGCAAUAAAUUAUUUUCACCUGCUGCACUGCAGUGAAAACAAUAUACCUGGUUGUCCUGCCCAUGCAUACAGUAACUGAUACAUUUUCUCAUCAAUGUUUGAAUGAUCAUGGGCUCAGGUCUCAGAGAGCAGGAUGAGUAGGGGGGCUGUAGUUCAAGUGUAAAUGCUCGUGUAGCCACUGACUGUACCAAACAGGGAUGAGUCCUUCAUCAGGAGAUGAAUGUAUCUGCAUCAAUGUAUCUACUGAAUGUCUGGCUUUAAAAAGAAAUACCUCCGGAGAGUGGGGCAAUUUGUAGGUAAACACUGGGUCAGGACGAAUGUAAAUGUACCUCCCCAGUCACAACAGGUGUUACAUGAGUGUACUGUACAGUGUGGUGUGUCAUGUAUUAACAUGAUAAUAAUGUGCCUCCAGUCUUUAAUCGGCGGUGUGAAGCAAUAUAUUAUAAAGGGGGUGUGUUGGGCACUUUAAAAAGGGCACUUUAUUUGUGUGUGUGUGUGUGUGUGUGUGUGUGUGUGUGUGUGUGUGUGUGUGUGUGUGUGUGUGUGUGUGUGUGUAAUCCAAAUCAGAGCUGGUUCGUCACAUUGUUCAUCCAAAUGAGACGAGAAGAAACCAAACAGCACACAUGAGGAAACAGUCAGGAGCUUCGAUUCUUGAGGGUCCCAUGAAUUGGCAUCAGUUACUCAGUGUGAUGUAGUUCUUGUUGCUACAGCAUUAGAUAGCGAGGGAACAGUCAAUUUCCAGUCUAUAUGCUAAGCUAAGCUAACGGUUUCCAGACUCGAGAGUGGUAUCAAUCAUUAGUAAACAGUAUUUACAUGAUAUACAUCACAUGUGUGUUGUUUGGCUUUUAAGAGAAAAUCCACCCUCAAGCAGGACUGGAUUUAAAUUUUCAAGCUGUUGUUGUGACUUUGGAACCACAAGGACAAAUUUUCACAGGAUCAUAAAAUCAAAUAAUUUAAUUUAACUGAGUGGGUUUUCUCUGACUAAUCUCUUCAGGUUUACUUUAGGUUAAUGUUGAGAUUGUGUCAGUGAGGGCCUCAUGAUGACAAGCAACUCUAUGCAAACCACAACAGAAGUGACAGUUUGUCACACUGCACCUUUGAGUUACUGUGACAGUUCUGUAAGCAAUACGACUGUAGGAGAAGCCCCGGAUCAGGGGGGUGUGGUGAUGAGACGCAGGGUGAAUGGGGAUCAUCCAGAGGGAAGCAUUGGGUGGACUGGAGCCCCUGUACUCAGUCAGACCCUGCAGAGCACAUAGACUCACAAAGUCAUACUCCACUGCUGCUCUCUGCACACAAAUAUACAGUUAUAACGCUCUGGCUCGCCCUCAAAUGAUGUCCCCAUUUUCAGCCUCUCAUCCAUUCAUAUCAGCUCUUGAUCUCUUUAUUAUAGAAACGUUAAAUCUAAUAAAGUUUUGAAUAAAAUCUG